CCUGCCCUAGUGGCCGCUGCGGCCGCCUCGGUGCGGCAGAGCCCCGGGCCGGCGCUGGCGCGCCUUGAGGGCCGCGAGUUCGAGUUCCUCAUGCGGCAGCCCAGCGUCACCAUCGGCCGCAAUUCGUCGCAGGGCUCAGUGGACCUGAGCAUGGGCCUGUCCAGCUUCAUCUCGCGGCGCCACCUGCAGCUCAGCUUUCAGGAGCCGCACUUCUACCUGCGCUGCCUCGGCAAGAACGGAGUCUUCGUGGACGGGGCCUUCCAGAGGCGCGGCGCCCCCGCCCUGCAGCUGCCCCCCCAGUGUACCUUCCGGUUCCCCAGCACAGCCAUCAAGAUCCAGUUCACAUCCCUGUACCAUAAAGAAGAGGCUCCAGCAUCUCCUCUCCGGCCACUCUACCCCCAGAUCUCCCCGCUGAAGAUCCACAUUCCGGAGCCGGAUCUCCGGAGCCUGGUCAGCCCCAUCCCCUCCCCAACUGGUACCAUCAGUGUCCCCAACUCUUGCCCUGCCAGUCCUCGUGGAGCCGGGUCCUCUGGCUACCGCUACGUCCAGAACGUGACCUCAGACCUGCAGCUGGCUGCAGAGUUUGCAGCGAAGGCCGCCUCGGAGCAGCAGGCAGACACGUCCGGCGGGGACAGCCCCAAGGAUGAGUCAAAGCCACCGUACUCCUAUGCCCAGCUGAUCGUGCAGGCCGUCUCCUCGGCCCCGGACCGGCAGCUGACACUAAGCGGCAUCUACGCGCACAUCACCAGGCACUACCCGUACUACAGGACGGCCGACAAGGGCUGGCAGAACUCCAUCCGGCACAACCUCUCUCUGAACCGUUACUUCAUCAAAGUCCCUCGGUCCCAGGAGGAACCUGGCAAGGGCUCUUUUUGGCGGAUAGACCCUGCCUCUGAAGCCAAACUGGUAGAACAAGCCUUCCGAAAACGGAGACAGAGGGGUGUCUCCUGCUUCCGCACCCCCUUCGGGCCUCUGUCCUCACGGAGUGCUCCGGCCUCACCCACUCACCCUGGGCUGAUGUCCCCUCGCUCCAGUGGCCUGCAGACUCCAGAGUGCCUGUCUCGGGAGGGCUCCCCCAUUCCACACGACCCCGAGCUGGGCUCAAAGUUAGCCUCUGUCCCAGAGUACCGGUAUUCCCAAAGCGCACCUGGCUCCCCCGUCAGCGCCCAGCCAGUGAUCAUGGCCGUGCCUCCCCGACCACCCAGCCUAGUGGCCAAGCCCGUCGCCUACAUGCCAGCCUCCAUAGUGACCUCACAGCAGCCCUCAGGCCACGCCAUCCACGUCGUGCAGCAGGCCCCCACUGUCACCAUGGUCAGGGUGGUCACCACCUCCGCCAGCUCUGCCAAUGGCUACAUCCUCACCAGCCAGGGCUCGACGGGGAGCUCGCACGACACUGCGGGUGCGGCUGUGCUAGACUUGGGCAGUGAAGGCAGAGGCUUGGAGGAGAAGCCCACCAUUGCCUUCGCCACGAUCCCUGCGGCCAGCCGAGUCAUCCAGACAGUGGCCAGCCAGAUGGCCCCUGGGGUCCCUGGACACACUGUCACUAUCCUGCAGCCAGCCACACCAGUGACCAUUGGGCAGCACCAUCUCCCCGUCCGGGCCGUCACUCAGAACGGAAAGCAUGCGGUUCCCACGAACAGUUUAGCCACCAGUGCUUACGCCCUCACCAGCCCCCUGCAGCUCCUCGCAGCCCAGGCGAGUUCGUCCACGCCAGUGGUGGUCACCCGGGUAUGUGAGGUGGGGCCUGAAGAGCCAGCAGCAGUGGUCACAGCAGCCACCAGUGCCACCCCCACCGUGGCCACCUCUACUGCCACCUCAGCUUCUUCCAUCGGGGAGCCCGAAGUCAAACGGUCCCGGGUGGAGGAGCCCAGUGGGACAGCGACCACACAGGCCGGGGUGAUGGCAGCUGCCGGCCCCCAGGGCGCAGGCACCGGGGAUUGAAGUUACCUGCACGCACACACAGGGUGGAGUGGGACUGUGCCAUGGGAGCCCGAGAGAAGCAGAUGCUGCACUCGGACAGAUGGGAGGGAAACCCUGCAGCUGCCCGCCCCAGGCCACCACGCCAGAACACUCGUCCUGCCCAUUUAUCUUCUGUCCUGCGGUUUGAAACAAAAACACAUAAACAAGUUCAGACAACUGAUUGUAUGAUUCUGGGGAUUCUGUGUGUUUAUUUUCUUCUCCCUCUGCACCAUUGCCCCUCCCCGGCCCUUCAGUCGAGGGCAUGGGGUGAAGAUCAAGUCCCAGAACCUCAGGAACCCAGCAAGUCACCCACCUGUGAUGAGGAGGACCGAGCCCCAUGUCCUGGCUUCAGAGCUUUGCCGAGGCAGCGGCCUGUGUCCCUGGGAGACCCAACAGAAGUGCAGCCCUGUACAGACCAAGGCCUCUUCUGUGGGAGACAGAAUGGGAACAAAUUCCUAUUCUAGAUUGGGAAUAAGCCAGAAAAAGGCAGGAACUGCCGAAUUGCAGACUGUUUCCUGGUGUCUUUUCCCCAAAAAUGGCAUCGAAAAUAUUGGCAUUAAUCGGGGCGGGGAGGAGGGUUAUCUGGUUUGGCUUUGGACCCCAGGUAUUUCUUGCUAUGUUAAAACGUGCCAUUCAGGCUUAUCCCGGAUUGGAGCCAAACACUCAUGGGAGGCCCUGUGUCUCCGAGGCUUCCAUCCAGAGACAGUCGAGUAGCUGUGGUCACCCUGCCAUCAGCCUUCCAGGAGCACCAACUGCCGCCCUGUCUGAUAACUUCAAGAAGGAUCAGCGGCUCCUGCAUUGGCAUCAAGAUGGAAGUCCUCUAGAACUGAGCCACGUGCCACAUCCCAGGCCCAGGAAACACGGGUAGCUGGUGCUUGGGGCAGGAGCCAGUCACCUGCUUGGCAGGGAGGACAUUCAUGUGCCCAUCGCUGGAAGAUAGGAGGGUUGAGCCCCGCGUUCCUGGCAGCUCUGAUGUCUUGAUGCUCGUGGCCAGUGGACACAAUCUGCUCAUAUUGUUUCCAACCACAUUCCAGUUUCCUGACCACCCCAGAUCCACCCACUGGAACUGUUUCUUAUGUCUCAAGCUUGAGGCCUUGGGUCAGUUAGCAGGAAGGAAAUUCCCCUCCUCGGGCAACAGCGGGAAGCCCCAGGCCAGUGCCAUUGGUGUGAUUGUAACAGGGUAGAACCAAAGGACAGGAUCUAUCAAGAGGUCCUAGGUCCCUUAAGGAAGCCCCUCCACAUGUCCUGACCGGCAGCCUGCUUUGAGCUCGGUCACAGGAGGGGGUGAAAUGGGAGCCUUCUGUCCUGGCUCCUCCUGGAGGAUGCUUUCGGGAAACAUCGCCAUAUCUGCAUAGAAGUUGGCCUCCAGGCACCCAGUCCCACUUCUGUGGCUUCUUCUGGAGGUGGAUUAUGCCUAGGAACAAAAGGAUGGUGGACACAUCUCUGAAGCCACAGCCUGUCCUUGGCGUCCCAGGCUCUCGCCAGCAGACAGCUUCCCCUGCCCUGGACCUGAUGGAAAAGCUACAGAGAAAUCAGGUCCUAGGCAGCAUGAGUGGAAGUGGUAGUCCAUGGAAGAGCCAGCAGGACACGCACCACCUUAACAGAGGGUCUGCCUUUCACGGUGACACCAAGGUAGGGCCAGAGGCAGGCUGCAGCUGGGCUGGGACAGGGCUGGUAGGCGAUGGGACAACCCCAAGCUGUAUCUCCUGGCACUUGGCCUUCUGCCUUGCUGGGGAAAAUCCCUCUCCUGUUGCUUUUUAAAGCCCCUUUCCCCAUUUCUAUGGCACUAAACUUCAAUGGGAAAUAAGCUCUGUUCUGAGGUCCAUACCUAUGUGGCCAUGGUCAAGUUUCAGAGAAGCGGGUAUGGGGUGGCAGCAGCUGACUGCUCUCUCGCCAGAUGGUGCCACAGAGAAGUCGUCCCUUCCCACCAAUGGUUUCCAACCCUCCCCUCUUGUAAACUCUGUCUGUCCUGUGUGCCUGGUACAUGUGUGGGUCGGGAGGGGGAUUGGGGUGAUGGGGUCUGAGGAACUCUGUGUGACAAGGGACAUUAAGGUCUCCUGUUGCUUCUUUCCCUUCCUUGGGCCUCAUUUGUGCCCGGGCUGCAACCUGUGUGCUGCCCUGGCUUCUCGCUUCUGGGACAUUCUGGUGUUGGUCCUCUGUCGGUGACAUUGAUGCUGGUGCCAGGAGAAGGGGUGGGAAUGGAGUUGGGGAGGACAGAGACAUGGUCCCGAACAAGGAGAGAGAUGAGGGGAGGGAGCCUCAGGAUCAGAGCGGACAGUAUGGGGCAGAGCGCCCCUGCCUGGGCGGACUGCUCUGGGGGUGUAGGGUGAGCAUUUUGAGGGUCUCUGGGCUGCUUGCAUUGGAACUUACCCUGGAGCCGAGAGGCAUAAACCCUGGCCACGGGGCCCCCUGGUGCAUGCCGGGCCUCUGUACGGGCCUCCCCCGAGCAUCCCCAGGGCCAGAGCCCAGCCAGGUGCCAGGAGAGCCUCCACAGGGCAAGGGCUCAAGCAGCCUUCUUCAUGAUUGAGGGAGAGCUCACUAGCCAUGGUUGCAGCACAGGACCAGCAUCGCUGCAGCAGUGGAGCCCAAGGACCUGCUGGGUCACACAGGGUCCCAGGCACUGCAUGGCCUGGAGUGGAGGGGUGACCAGCAGGGCACCACCGCCUCAGCUCAUCUGAUGGGCACAGCAUUCCAGACGAAGACUGGUGUCCACCCUCCUCCAGUGCUUUCUGCUCAGCCAUAGCCACACGUCUAUGACAGAAGUCACCAUUUGUAAACAUUUGGGCACAUCCUGCCAAGACCAGCUAUGUAGUGGUGGACAUGAGAAGGGCUCUCUGCCACCAAGGCGCUGACCCCAGCUGCGUCCUGGGGGUGCCCAGGGCACCAUCCAUGCACCUGGAGAGCAGUGUGCAGCCAGCGGUGUGCUCAGCACCUGACCUCGGGGGCGAAGCCCUGGCUGGCUGCCCCAUGUGGAGUGUGCAGCCCCUGCCUCUGGGGAGUUCCAGAGCCUCAGAAAUCACACUGCAUGGCCUUGAAGACAGUUGUCCCCAGAUCCUCCCUAAGAGGUUUCCACAUACCCUGGGGAAGGGGAGCUCCAGUGCUGGGACCAGCACUGGAAAGAGGCUGUGGGGACUGCAGUCCUCAGCCUCCCUCGGGGCCUGGUUUGUCCCUACUCUGGAGUUGUCUACUUGUCCUUUUUCUUACUCUGAUUUAGAACUAAGCCAAAUGGAAUCGGUGGAAAUGAACUUCUGUGUUGCUAGGAUGGGUGUCCCAUGAUCCCAGGUCCUGCUUUGUGUCUCAAGUAGGGAGGGAGCAGGUGGGCUUUACCCUGGCCAGGAUGGAUGUCUCCCUGCCCUCUAGGCCACCCUGGCCCCCGGGAGGAUGAAGCUGCGGUGAAACCUCAGCACCGUCCCUGGGCUCCUCUGCCCUCACCAGUCCUGGUGACAGGCUGCUCUCAGAUCACAGGUGUCACUCAGUGGGCACUUCUCUUUCCACUGAAACAGGUCCUCCAGGGACCUUCUGUGUGAGUGGGGACUCUGCAGAGAGCCUGUGGCAGGUCCCUAGUAGAUGGAAACCUCUACUCAGGGCGAUUCAGUUCAGGAGGAGGAGAGGAGAGCUGCACUCUGGCUUAGGAGUCGGUGUCCUCCUUUAUGGAGACAGUGAUCAGACCUCACUUGAAACACAAAAACUUAGUUGAAUGUGAGAAAACAUUGGAAAAGAAAUAAUUUCCCCAUGGCUUUUAGAGCAUAGAAACAAAUACAGCUGGAGGGAGGGGACACUCUGCUCUUCUCCAAAAGCCUCAGAUUCCACUUUGCUCCCAAGUGGCUUCAUGUGGUCUGAGGGACGCAGCCAUCCCUGGGGUGGGUGCCCUUGUCUGUGCUGCAGCCCCAUGCCCCUGGGACUUUCCGUGCUGUGGCGAGGUGCUUGUUCCAGAUUGAGUACACAGCGAGGCUGUAAGAUUGUCCCGGCAGAAAGAACCUCAGGAGCCCAGGAGUGUCCCCACUGCGGGCUGCUGGCUUCAGAUGGGAGUGGGCUCACUGCAGCCUGGUCUCUGGCCUCCUCUAGAAUACCUCUGCCUAGAAGCAAUAUUAUUUAUGCCUAGAACAAUACGGAUUGUUCAAAUUGCUGCUAUGAUGACAGAAUCUUAGGACUUAGCUCUGGAGGCUCCUCUCCAUGUACUUUGGUUCCCUGAGGUAAGGGCAGAAUAUAGACUAUAACAGGUCCCCAGCCAGUUUCUGGCUUCCCUUUUCAUGGUGCGCUCCUCUCCCUUACAGUUCCCAUGUACUUUGCAAGUUCCUCUCUCUGGGCCUUGUUUUCACACUGAGGUCUCCUGAGUGCAGGACACUCCUUGUCAUCAUUGUGCUUGCUUUUCUUGUUCAGGUCUGGGCCUGGCAUCUGCUCUCAGUACCAAAAGCUGCUUCACUGGUGCCUGGGCCAGGGGUUGGCCCUGGUGCCUGGCAGGUGCCCUUUUCCUGCUGCAACAUGAGGUCUGAAUUGUCCAAGUGUGGCAUGGAGAAGGGGUUGUCCAAUUGGGAUCUGCCAUCUCUCCUCUGUCCUUCCUGAAGUCACAACUGCUUGGCAGAGUGGGAUUUUGUGAGACAACUGUGGAUGUUUUCCCUGAACUGAAAUAAAUACUGGCCCAUUUCACUGACUUCAUGCUGGAAAGACGGUUUUACACUUAGAUUCAUAAACAGAAGUCACAUGAGCGGCUCGUUGCCAUUACAGCAGCUGCAGGUGCUCUGGCUGGCUGCUCUUCUCCCAGCGGGACUGGGCUCCACUUUCCAGGGCCCAGCUCUCCUGCUGGAGGGGACAUUCCAAACUACAUUCUGGGGGGUCAGGGUGCAGCGGCCAGGCAAGGCUGCCCCACAGCAUGGCCAGCCAGAUGCCCGUCACCCUAGAGGUGCUUCCUGGGCAUGUGAAGUGGAUGGCAUUCCCCUGGAGGUGGUGGGAAGGUUCUCAGGGCAAAACAGAGAGCCAGAGGACAACAAGAAAGAGAUGCAGGCAGGAGGUCACUGCUGGAGGUCACUACUGGUCACAUCAAUGCCCAGAGAAAGACUUGAGUUCCACCCCAAAGCCCAGCCCACCACCCCGAUGAGAAAACUUCCAAUGUAUUCUUGUGCCGGACCGAAAUGAAAAUCCCUCCUUUCAUGGGGUGAGCCUUGGGGAUUUAUUAGCUUCUUUUACUUAUGCUGAUGGCUGAUCGGGCUGCUCAGUGUUGCAGAAGAGUGAAGAGAGCUUUCUUUAAGACAUCCUUUUCUCUGCAGGGAGAACCUCCAUUUAAAGCUCUCACUCAUUCUUUGCACCUGUCUUUAUAACCACAAAAGUAUGGGGAGAAGAAAAGCCUGGAGCCCAGGCUCAGCAGCAGGUGAGCCCUGCCCUUGGGUUAAGCAGCUGGACACUGGUGCAUGCGACCCCGAAACCCCAUGAGCCAGUGGCAUCCUCAGGUCAUGGCCUUUGGGUUCUGGUCAUGAACCCAGAGGCUGCCAAGGACACCUGGAGAGGUCGCCGAGUGACCCUCUCCUCGAACCUUACCUACCCACUUAAGAGUCAGAGGAGAAUCAGAAGAGUCCUGCUUUUAACUCUUUAUCCGGGGAUCUGUUUCUGGAAUAGUCUGAACAGUGUGCAGGCAUCUGGGCCCAAGAGGACACACGCUGUGAACGGCUGGACGCACUCUGCCCUCUGUGGGUUUCCUCCCACAGUAACAGCACUUACCCCAUCCAGAGUGUCUAGCACUGUCCCUGGGCUCCUGUGUACCUCACUGAGCUGGGAGGAGCCCUGUGGCUCCAAGGUAGAUUCUUUGCCUUUGUUCCCUUCUCGGGCUGUGUGGAUUCAAACUGCCUGUAGCCUCUGAAUGUCUGGGUUAGCUGGUCAGAUUUUUUUAUAGUCAGUAAAAAUGGGGUUUAAAAUCACACAUUUUAAGUUUGGUCCUUCUCUCUCUUCCUUCCUAACUUUACAAGAGGCAUUCUGGAUUCCUAAUACACCUUAACUUACGUGGCUUGAACCCUGUUGCAGGAGAAAGUGGUAGGGCGGGAGGAGAGACAGGCUGUCUCGAGUCUUUCCUUAGACUCCGCUUGGGAGGGAAGGGUCAAAGCCAAUGCUGAUGUUCUCUCUUACCUGAAUGAUAGUUCUCCUGUAAAAAUAAUUUGAUGGGGGUGGGCGUUGUUUGGGGAGUGUGUAUGUGUGUGAGGUUUUUUUUUAUUUUACAGUGGCUGUCUAAAGUAUUUUCACAAUACGUUUAAUAAUCAGUGCUUUAAAAAGCAGUGGUAUCCUGUAAAGUGGGAAUUCCGGUUCGAGAGCUUGGGAUGCAUCCCAGGUCCAUGGGGAAAAGGUCCCCUGGGCAGAAGCGCUGGAGUCAGAAGAGCCAGCGGACCCACGUCUGAAGCAGCUUGCCUGGGUUUUCAUUUCAAAUGGGAUACAGUAUUUUUUUAUUAUGGAGCCAUACUUUUUUUUAAAAGUUUGAGAUCUGAAUGUGAUUUCUAAUUGUAUCAGACGUUAAUGUUUUAAAACUAUAACAAAGUUUAAAAUUUCUACUUUUUUGGUUUUUUCAUUUACUUUAACUGUUCUUUUAUCUAUUAAAUUGUUGUAUGUGGAUGGGGGAAGUUUUGUUUCUCCUCUUAGCAUUUGUUUCUAUAACCAGAAAAAUUAUAUAUUAAAGAAAUGACACCAAGA